GGAGCACAGAGGAGCAGGUUUCGGCUUACAGCGCAUACCACACUAACAACACCGAAAUACUCUCAAAAAUACAGGCGAACCGGCCGAUUGGAAGUACAGGACUAACACCAUCAACUAAACCCAACUUCGGAUCUUGCUGAGGACACUAAGCACCGCAGAUUGUGGAUUUUAAAAAGGAGUUUAUUUGCCUUGUAAAUGUGGGAAUGCUUUCUCCUCUUUUCCGUGGUAUGUGGAUCUGGGAGCGACCAUGUUAAUAGGCAGGUGAUAAAAGGGGAAGCCGGCUGUUCUAUCCCAGCUUAAAGAAGACCCAGGAUAGAAGUGGAGAGAGAUAUAUUGAGUUGGAGGGGGGAUACACCACUGCCAAGGGAAAUCAGGAUGAAUGUUCCCCUGUACCACUGACGAGCAGAACUGGAAUGAUAUCUUGACCUUUUUCCUGGAAGUGACCAAGUCAGCGAUGCGUGGGGGGAUAUAAUGGCCAAGAACAAGGAUGCACGCCCCCCGACAUUCGCCCUCAGUGUGGUUGGCCUCUCGGGGACGGAGAAAGAGAAGGGAAAUUGUGGCGUUGGCAAGUCCUGCCUAUGCAACCGGUAUAUGCGCCCCAAUGCAGACAGCUACUACUCUGAGCACACCUCGGUGCUGAGCACAAUAGACUUUGGGGGACGUGUGGUUAACAAUGACCACUUCCUGUACUGGGGGGAGGUGGCCCAUCGAAGCGACGAUGGGUUGGACUGUAAAUUACAAGUCAUCGAACAGACGGAGUUUAUCGAUGACCAGACGUUUCUUCCGCAUCGGAGUACGAACCUUCAGCCGUACACCAAACGGGCGGCAGCAACCAAGCUCCAGUCGGCGGAAAAGCUAAUGUACAUCUGCACGGACCAGCUGGGCUUGGAGCAAGACUUUGAGCAGAGGCAGAUGCCCGAUGGAAAGCUAAACAUCGAUGGCUUUGUUCUCUGUAUCGAUGUUAGCAAGGGUUGCAACAGGAAGUUUGACGAUCAGAUGAAGUUUGUCAACAGCCUCUACUCCCAAAUUGUCAAGUCAAAGAAGCCCAUUGUCAUUGCCGCCACAAAAUGUGAUGAGUGUGUGGACCAGCAUCUGAGGGACCUGCAGGCCUUUGUUGCCAGCAAGAAGAACCUGCUGCUAAUUGAAACGUCAGCACGGUCUAACAUCAACGUAGAGGUCUGCUUCAACGCCCUCAUCCAGCAGCUGGAUAAAACAAGAGGGAAGCCAAAAACUGUGCCAUACCUGGACGCCUAUAAAAUCCAACGGCAGCUUGUUGCCUCAUUAACUGAUAGAUUUGAGAAGCUGAUGGUGCACACGGUGAGAGAUUACCACACCACAUGGAAAACGGUGACUAACAAUCUGAAGGGGCAACAUGACUAUAAUGACUUCAUCACGUUGGAGGGCACCAGGAAAGCACGCAACAUGUUCACAAAGCACAUUGCACAACUGAAGCACGAGCACAUCAGGAGAAGGAGGGAAGAGUACCUGACAACGCUACCGAAAACCCUUAACAACCUCCUCAAUAACCUGGACGAGGUCGAACACCUCUCCUGGCCUGAAGCGCAGAGUGUGGUCAGGAACCGAACUGACUUCCAGUACUGGUUUGUGGUUCUGGAAAAAACGCCGUGGGAUGAGACGGACCAUAUCGACAUCAGCGAUCGCAGGAUACCCUUUGACCUCCUCGAUACACCUGAUGGUGAGAGAAUAUACCAUAACCACGUCCAGCACUUGCUGUCUGAGAAGAGGAGGGGGGAGAUGAAAGAGAGGUUCAAGAAGACGCUGGAUAGGGUUCAUUUUAUCAGUGCAGGGCAGCCUUGGGAGGAAGUCAUGUGCUUUGUCAUGGAGGACGAGGCCUACAAGUACAUCUCAGAAUCAGAUAGAAGGGAUGUUUACUGUAGACACCAGCAGGAAAUAGUUGAAAGGGCCAAAGAGGAUUUUCAGGAAAUGCUUUUUGAGCAUGCUGAGCUUUUCUAUGACUUGGAUCUGAAUGCCACCCCCAGCUGUGACAAGAUGAGCGAAAUUCACUGUGUGCUGAAUGAGGAACCCAGAUACAGAGCACUGCAGAAACUUGCCCCAGAUAGAGAGUCUCUCCUCCUCAAACACAUUGGGUUUGUAUACCAUCCCACUAAGGAGACAUGUCUGAGUGGGCAGAACUGUGUGGAUCUGAAAGUAGAGCAGGUUUUAGCCAACAGAUUGGUGCAGCUCGACCACGGACGCUCUAAUCUUUACUAUAACAGUGCCAACAUCGAUAAGAUCAACCUCUGCCUCCUGGGAAGGGAGGGUCUCUCACAAGAACUAGCUAACGAGAUCAGAGCUCAGUCCACAGAUGAUGAAUACACCUUAGAUGGAAAAAUCUAUGAACUGGAGCUUCUUCCCGUGGAUGUGAAUUCCACACUACUCUUCAGCCAUACGUGGGUCAACUCUUUCAAGCCACAUGGCUGUUUUUGUGUGUUCAACUCCAUAGAGUCCCUCAACUGUAUCGGAGAUUGCAUAGGCAGAAUCAGAGCAGAGAUAGCACAAAGUAGACGAGAUAGGUUUGCACAGCCACUACCGUUCAUUCUAAUCCUGGCCAAUCAGAGGGAUAGUAUUUGCAAAAACAUACCUAUCUUGAGGCACCAAGGCCAACAGCUGGCAAACAAGUUGCAGUGCACCUUUGUCGACAUCCCCUCUGUGGCCUUUCCACGUAAAUUCACUGAGUUCCAGGUUAAGCAGGGUCUUCGAGCGGUACUUGAGGGACUGAAGCAUAACUUUGACGUCUUGGCUCCAAUGCCCUCUAUCAAAGACAUGUCAGAGACGGACCUUAGGAUAGUCAUGUGCGCCAUGUGCUGGGAUCCUUUCAGCGUUGACCUCAUCCUCUCACCUUUCCUAGACUCGCACUGCUGCAGCGCCGGGCAGCCUGGCCAGAGCAACACCCUGAUACUAGACAAGAUCAUCGGGGACAGCAGGAGGCGGAUCCAGGUCACGGUCCUGUCUUACCACACUGCUAUUGGUGUCCGCAAAGAUGAACUAGUUCAUGGCUACAUCUUGGUCUACUCUGCCAAGCGCAAGGCUUCUAUGGCGACCCUGCGGGCGUUCUUGGCCGAGGUCCAGGACGUGAUCCCUGUCCAGAUGGUGGCGAUUACAGACAGUCAGGCAGACUUCUUUGAGAAUGAUGCCAUCAAGGAGCUGAUGACGGAGGGGGAGCACAUUGCCACAGAGAUUGCUGCCAAGUUCACGGCCCUCUACUCCCUGUCUCAGUAUCAUCGGCAGACGGAGGUUUUUACACCCUUCUUCAACGAAGUGCUGCAGAAAAAGCCCAACAUUGAGAGUUCCUUCUUGUUUGACAGCUCAUCACGGGAGUGCACCACUGGUGCCAGUGAAGAUGUGUUCCCCACCUCGCCCCAUAGCCAUUCCCCGGCUUACAACACCUAUUACCCAGAAUCUGAUGAUGACAACGAGGCCCCCCCACCUUACAGUCCAAUAGGUGAUGAUGUUCAGCUUCUCCCAACUCCCAGCGAGCGCGCCAAAUACCGCAUCGACCUAGAAGGCAAUGAGUACCCUGUCCAUAGCACCCCUAUCGGAGAUCAUGAACGCAACCACAAAGUGCCUCCACCUGUCCGGCCCAAACCGGUGCUGCCCAAACCUAAUGUCAAAAAGCUGGACCCCAACCUGCUCAAAACCAUCGAGGCUGGCAUGAGAAGCAACCGCAGGAUGCCACGCGGCCAAAUGACACACGGUGAGGACGUGGAUGCGUCAGACAACUAUGCAGACCCAGUGGACACCUUGCUAAGGUCCAGAGGCUUCCACAACGACGACAUAUAUGCUGUGCCUGAAGACUCCCACAGCCGCCUGGUCAAAAUAAGGAACUCCUUUGGUGGGUUGCAUGGCCUUCAUGGAGGAGAGGAGGAGAACGGGUUUGACAGAAAGUCUCAGGCUGCACGGCGGCCGUCAAAGUACAAACAUCGUUCUAAAAUCUUGUUCAGCAAAACGAAGGCCUACCAAAGACGGUUCCAGUCUGACAGUGAUGGGGAGGAGUCGGGCCCUGCCACGCAGAAAAAGAAAAAGGGAAGAGCCCACCGAGGCAGCGAGGAGGACCCACUACUCUCCCCUGCAGACCCCUGGAAAGGUGGGAUAGAUAACCCCGCCAUCACCUCCGACCCCGAGCAGGAGGACAAGAAGGUGAAGAAGAAGAAGACGCCCAAGACAAAAGAACCGAAGAAGGCGAAAUCUUCCAAACCUCCAAAACCUCUGUACCCGCCGACCCGGAGAACCUGGGAGAGCAACUACUUUGGCGUUCCCCUGCAGAACCUGGUGACCGCCGAUCGGCCCAUCCCGCUAUUCAUCGAUAAAUGUGUCGACUACAUCGAGCGCACAGGUCUGACGACAGAAGGCCUGUAUCGCGUCAGCGGGAACAAGACGGACCAGGACAACAUCCAGAAACAGUUUGAUCAAGAUCACAGUAUCGACUUCGUGGUGAUGGACGUGGCGGUGAACGCUGCUGCCGGAGCGCUGAAGGCUUUCUUCGCCGACCUGCCCGACCCGCUCAUCCCCUACAGCCUGCACCCGGAGCUGGUGGAGGCCGCAAAAAUCGUGGACUACAUCGAGCGUCUGCAAGUUCUGCGGGAGAUCGUGAAGAAGUUUCCGUCUGUCAACUACCAGGUCUUCAAGUUCAUCAUCACACACCUCAACAGGGUGAGCCAGCACAGUAAGACCACGCUGAUGACGGCGGACAACCUGUCCAUCUGCUUCUGGCCGACGCUGAUGCGGCCCGACUUCGAGAACAAGGACACGCUGUCCACCACCAAGCUGAACCAGGCCGUCAUCGAGUCCUUCAUCGUGCAGAGCGACUACUUCUUCCACGGCGGCGAGGUGGCCGAGAGCUCCAGCAGCGAGGGGACGCCGCCGCCGCACCACUGCCACAACAUGGUGGAGGCGCUGCUCCCCCUGCAGCUGCCCCCGCCCCUGCAGCCGCAGCAGAUCCAGCACACGCUGCACCCCGACCCGCUCAUCUAACUGGGGAGAGCAUGCUGGGAAAUGCAGUCCAUUAAUUGUUUGCCGGUGAUUGAGCGUUCAGAGACACAUCGUUUGUCGGAUUAAAACUAAUCUGUUAAAUCCCGGAUUAGAGACAAUCGGACGUCACCUUUUUUUUGGUUUUGGAACUAAUUUUUCCGACCCUUUUUGCAAGACUGAAUAUAGAUGAUUCGGCACAUAGAGAGAACACUUUAGCAGGGUCUUACUUGGAUUUACUAAUAAAGAUUUACCUUUACCCUGAUGGAAUAGCACACUGAGCAAACCCCCGCUUAAACCCCCCCCCCCCCCAUGUUUUCCUGCUUUGAGACAACUGAAAAGGGAAGUUAAAACUUAGAGAGACCCCACGACUGCAACUCAAAUAUGAACGCUGACUCAUUAGAUAUUUGACUGACUGUUCUUCUCCUGUCGACCCAAAAUCAGUCAAUCUUUUCCCACCAGACGUCGGAACAAUCAACGAACCCCUCGUGAAAAUCGUGGAUUAUUUUGAGGGGUAAACAGAAUAAUCCCGCCCCCCCCCCUGCUUCAUGAACGUUGACCCCCUAAAAGGACAGCACAUGCACGAUUUGUGCUCCACACGCCAAUGUCAUGUCUGUCUGUUUUUUUAUUUUUAUAAUUUCAACUGUGUGUGUGUGUGUGUGUGUGUGUGUGUGUGUGUGUGUGUGUGUGUGUGUGUGUGUGUGUGUGUGUGUGUGUGUGUGUGUGUGUGUGUGUGUGUGUGUGUGUGUGUGUGUGUGUGUGUGUGUGUGUGUGUGUGUGUGUGUGUGUGUGUGUGUGUGUGUGUGUGUGUGUGGCUGGUCUGCAGCCAGUGUGUUCCUUCUCUGCAGAGGGAAGAGGGGAUCCAGGAGGGAAUAAUACAAAAAGAAAAGGUGGACUCGUUACACUCCGUACGAAAGAAUCCGGUUGAACGGACUUUACUCCAAACCUCCCGCUCACCGUAUCGUCCCCGUAGAGCCUCUAACCCUCGGCGGUGGCACACCAGUGAGGAAAACCACUACGUCGCAAUGCAUUCUGGAUCUUUUCCGAGGCAUCUUCCCCCGCGGAGGCUCUUCAUUUCUGCUUUGCGUUGGUUUGUUGGAAGCUAAGAAUUUGCAUGUCUCUGUUUUUUGCCACUUAGUGAGAUAAAAAAAAAGAAGUUUAAAAAAAUGAAAUGAAAAACUUUAAAUGUUCAGAUUUGAUUUGAUCUGAAUCUCUGCUUUUUGUUUUGGGGUUUAAGGGUAACAGGAAAACCUCUCAAGAGGAGUCUUUUUUUGCAUCUGUUUAUUCACCGUCAUGCAAGAAAUCAACUCUUUAAUAUCAUAUUUUUGGUUAUAUGUCGAAUAGUUUUCCCUAAAUAGAGGAAAAGAAGUAUAUAUAAGUAUAAAUAUAUAUAUAAAUAUAUCAGCAGCAGACGUUUGCUGAUUUAGUGAAAUACCACGGGGUACUGGACUGUAUAAUCUGUCAGAAGCUAUAAUCAUAUUUCUUUGUGGUUCUGAUGGUGAAACCCAUCUUUUUUUUAAUCUGAUGGUGUGUGUGAGUGUCUGAAUGCGUGUGUGUGUGGAAGGGGAGCGGGUUUGAUAACAGAUCUGUGGGUUUUAAUCCUCUUUGGCUCGUUUGAAAGCGAAGGUAAAUCCCUCGUCGCUCUCUUCAUCGAUGACACUUUGAGAGGCUGAGGGAGAGGUCGUUAGAGUUGAGGUUGAGUUUAACUCAGUGGCUGUGUUAACUUUUGUUCUGCUGAUCGUAUACACGCCGAGUAUCGCUCUUCUAAAAGAUUAAAAAGAUGUUCUACAGAAACUUCAAACACUCUUCUGUCCAUCUGGAUAAACGCAUUCCACCUGCUGCAUGAAAAAUACGACUUCAUACCCAAACAUAUGAAUCUGUGGCGCUUUCUUUUACACGUCUGAAUCAAUUCAGAGGCCCUAAUAUGCUUGUUUUGGGUUUGUCCGUUUCCUGUAGUGCGUCACAUUGGUUUUAGUGCAUGUCAAUGGUCUGCAAAGGCUUGAAAUCCCAAAGUUCCCGGAACAUAGUGACAUCACGUUAGAACACUUCUAUCUGCUAGCACUCUGACACAUUGUACGUGAUAGGCUAAGGAACGGGACAUCUCUAAGCGGUGGACCAAUCACAGCAGACCACGCGGCCAGCUACCCAAUCAGAACAGACUCUGGUUUCAGACGGAUGGAGACAUGUCACAGUAGAGGAACCAAAUACUAAUUUGAACCUAAAAAUGAGCAGAAUAUGGCCCCUCUAAGUUUCUCUAGUACACUUUACUUGAGUAUCUUUAUUUCCUUCUACGUACUCCAUGACAUUUCAGAGGGAGAUCCCCUACCUUUCCCCUCCCUACAUUUAGUUGCCCUCCAUAUUAAUACAUAUCUAGUCUUUUUUACGUUGCAGUCUUGCCACUCUUACCUGGGUAAAGGAUCUGAAUGCUUCCUGCCCUGGUAAUUUGGCUCUAAUUAUAGAGGAAGUGGAGUUUCCAAUUGGCACACUUCUAAUCAAUUAAUUUCCAGCUAAUUGCCGGCGGCCUCACCCGGAGUCUUUUAAUCAGGACACAGCGGGGCGGCUCCACACGUCUCCUGGCAGGAAAACAAUUCAGCAUUAUACAGAAUAAAAGUUUGAAGAAGAAGAAGUCAUUUUUUACUUUAUUUAGUACCAAAUAACACCAGGAGAUGUAUUAUCAUUUAAAGUUCAAAUGUCAUACCAGACGCCUAAUGGAAUAUUAUUUAAUCCAGAUGGACAGAAGAGUCUUUUAGUAGUCGGAAAAUGACUCGGGUGUGUGGACUUUAAGACAUCUUGAAGGUUUUUACCAACUACUUCUGCCAAAACUACCACUAAUACACCAUUUCACUUUAAUUCAUGGCUUUAUAUGAGCUUAAGAUAAAUGCAUGAAUAUCGGUGAAUGUGACAUAACGGUCAAAGUCUGAUCAGCAGUUUGAAAGCCCUUCAUUCAUAAUUUAACAGUUUUUCAUUAACUUGAAAAGUCAAAGCAAAUGGAUCCUUUAAUGGUCCAUUAUACCCAGAAUGCAUUGCUCUGCUAGUGUCUGGCUGUAUGUGGUGAAGGAAGUAUAAAAAGUUGGAAGGAAAGUGAAAGAGGGCCAAAACGUGAUCAGCAAAACGACUCAGAAGUGUUUCGAUGAACGCCAGCGACGGGGGAGGGUUCCAAUUAUACGAUACUGUCGAGCAGGGGUGCGUCCCAAUUCUGAUGUGUGUCUCCAGGGUUCCUGAAGUCGGUCAGCUUUUUAUUUUUUGGAUGACUGAAAUCUGAACCCGGAUAACGUCAUGAGGGAAUUUCUGUCUUGAGAUGCUUUUAAAAUCCACUACCUUUCAAAUAAAUGAAGUGCAUUUUAUACUUUUCCUCUUUAAACUCUUCAAACGAGUUUUAGUUAAAAAAUAAAUAUAUAUUUUCAGCUUAAACUUAAUUUAUUUUGACCAUUACAGUAAACUAUUGAGUAAAAGCUCCAAUUCCCUAAUAUUGGGUAAUUCUACAUUUUGUAGGACUUCUAAAUGUCAUGUUGUUUGAUAUUUUGGAUUGUAAAUCGGACAAAACACGGUAUUUAAAGAAGUAAGGUUUGAUAAUCUUACAAACUUAACAUGAUUGUCAAUUUAAGCCCCUUUUUCUUGCAGAUUUCACAGGAUUUAGAUCUUGUCUACAAUUACAACAACUCUAGAGGUAGAAAAGGAAAGACGCCGUCCUUCAUUUAAGAGAAAAAGGCCGUACUGAAGUGAAAUGGAAUGCGGCCAAAAGCCUGUCUCCGAACAUCGACACAAAUCUGAUUUAGCGGACCCUUUAAAGGGCACUUUGAAGGAGACACGUGUCUGGAAUGGGACCCACUGCGAGACGAAUGACACAUCAUCUCCCUUUGAGUUGUGAAUGAGAGGGUAAGGGGUUAGCUGUAAAGGGGGAUACAUAUUCAGAAUGGAACGAAGCCAAAAGCCCAUUUUAAGGUUUUAUGACGUUGGACUGAAGGGCACAUUGAAGGGAGCGAAUGGGGGAAGUGGAACGGAGCCAAGGGCGUCCUGAUCUACGAUUAUUAUUUUUAUUUUGUGGGAGGGUGGGGGGGUUGGGGAGGGUCUCAGCAGCUGCUAGAUAAUAAAAGAUUAAGCUGUUUGUCUGUAGUUUUUUCAUCAAUCAAUCAAACUCUUUUUUUAAUGUUUGAUCAUCCUGUUGAUAAGAUCUGCUCUCAUCCAGUCACACCAGUGUACAAACCAACUGACUCUUAACGUCAUCCGCUGUGUAUUAUAGUAAAUAAAAAUGAUUUUCAGAAAUGAAAAAAGUCUAAAACAAGUUUUUUUGUUCUGUUCUUUCUCCAUAAUGUUUCCAAAUAAAGUUUCUUUUUUUCCA